UUGAAAUUUGUCCAACUUGUUACUGCAGAACUAAUUCCUACUGUUGCAGAACUGUAAACAGAGACAGUCUUGGGCAAGUUUAUGCUCAUAAUUACACAUACAAUGUAAAGAGUUGUAACCAGGAGUUUGGCAAGCCAGACUUUUUUCUUCUAAGAGAGGAUCAACCAGUCAGUUGACGCUGAUCAACUGUGUCAUGAAAGCUUUUGUGAGGGGUUUGUUUGUCAGUGUUGGUUGCCCCCGUUUAAAAAAAACUUCUUCCAUGGUUUAUAUGAGAUUAAACUUAAUAAUCUUUUUUUCAGUGACACCACAGAAUUACUUUAGUGUGUUUUUUUGGUUAUUCCAAAUAAAAUGACAUUUAGGGAAAGGGAAGUUAGUUCUGCUUCCGUAAACAUACAUGCUCCCAAAGCAGAAUCUUCUCUUCUUUUUACCAGGUAUUUUAGUGUUUUCUGGAACAGAAACUUUUCCUCCUUUUUUUGGUGGGAGGCUGGUGGAGGUAUCUUAUUUAUUUUACAAACAAGAUGGUCUGAUAUGAAAUGCUUAUAUUAUGAAUUGUCAGAUUUUUUACAGCUUUUUUUUUCAGUGACAUAGGCUGUCCCAUCUGGCUCAGGAGAUAAGGGUACUGUACCAGAUGCAUAUGAUACAGAAAAAGCUACUACAGAGAGGCUUACAGCAUGAACUGUAUACACUGUGUGAAAACCACUAGCAUUUUAAAAUAUUGUCUAAAUUCCUUUUUAUAAAUUUCCUUGGUCAAAUUUGUACAAAACCCAAGAGACUUAUACCUCUGGUAUGAUUUUUUUAUUUGGAUGCAUGUAAGAUAAUAAGUUUCUUCAAGGAAUUCUACUUUUAAGGAUACAGAUUUGACUAUUCAAUAUUAGUUGUAGUCAUGCCUUUCUAAUGUUCCACUUUAUUACAUGUUUAUUAAAUCCUGUGUUCACGUGAUUAGAAUUUACACAACCUGUAACAAUUUGCAUGAGGCAGAACAGGUUAUUCACUUUGCCAACUUGGGAGCUUUGAAGCUUUGAAGCCCUGCAUAUUCUGCACGCUGAACAGCAGUAAAGUAGCUAAACCCAAACCUCAGCUCUGAAAUAGGGCAGAAAGGUUUCCCUGUGGGGCAGAAAGGUUUCCCAGUACCUGCCCAAGCCCUGGAAGUGUUCACUCCUUGUGUGCGCAGUUUUGCAGUGGCUGCUCCAAACAAGUAAUGAAACAGCACAAUUAAUUUGUUCAGGACCAAGUUGUGUGUGUGUGUGUGUGGUGUGAGCCUGCCCAGCUCCUGUCAGGGCAUGAGGGUCAUAAAAUCAUAGAAAACUGCUGAGGGGUUGGAAGGGACCUUGAAGACCAUCUAGUCUCAGCCCCCAGCCGUGGGCAGGGACACCUUCCACUAGAUCCAGCUUGGCCUUGAGCAGUGUCAGGAUUGGGGCAUCCAUAGCCUCCCUGGGCAACCUCUGCCAGCAUCUCACCACCCUCACAGUGAAAAAUUUCUCUGUAAUAUCUAACCUAAAUUUCCCCUCUUUCAAUUUGUACCCAUUAUUCCUUGUCCUAUCACUACAGGAUAGGAUAGGAUAGGAUAGGAUAGGAUAGGAUAGGAUAGGAUAGGAUAGGAUAGGAUAGGCUGGGCUUUGAGCCUCAUUGCCCAUCCCUCGGGCACCCCCGAGACGAGGCACCCGCAGAUCCCCACCCUUCUCUGCCCUCCCUUUGACAGGAGCCGGGGAAACCCCAGGGUACCCUCGGCCCCCGCCCCGGCGCUUCCCAGGCCGCCCCAUCCCCUCCCCGAGGGUGUGUCCGCCCCAUCCCCUCCCCGAGGUGUGUCCGCCCCAUCCCCUCCCCGAGGGUGUGUCCGCCCCAUCCCCUCCCCGAGGUGUGUCCGCCCCAUCCCCUCCCCGAGGGUGUGUCCGCCCCAUCCCCUCCCCGAGGGUGUGUCCGCCCCAUCCCCUCCCCGAGGUGUGCCCGCCCGGCCCGCGGGCGGGGGCGGAGGGAGGGAAUAUCCCCCGCUUUCCCCGCGGUCCCGGGCUCGGUUCCCGGCGGGAUGGUCGCCAAGCCCUUGCCGAAGCCCCCGAACAAGCGGCAGAGCUCGGACUCGGGCGUGGAGCCGGACCGCGGGGCGCUGCUCCAGGAGCGGGACCAGCGCCCCGGGCUGUCCCAGGAGAAGAAGGAUCAGCGCAUCGCGCUCUUCCUCAGCGACUUCGACCAGCAGGACAAGGAGCACGUCCAGGGGACGAAGAAAGAGCUCAAUUCGCCGCUGCAAACAGCUGAGAAGGCGUUUGCAGUGGAGCUGCUGACGAUGCCGGCUGCCAGCAGGAAAACGAAAAGGAAAGACUUGCUCGAUUUCCAAAACCAAGCCAUUGGUUUCACUGGCCUCUGGUUUAAAUGGCAAAUGGAACCCUCUUUCCGUGUAAGACUGACCUUUGAUAGCUUAUUUAACUCACCUGAACUUGUGAAUGCUGAAGAAAAUUAUUUUCAAAUAAAAUAGCUGAGAUUUGAGCCCAGCAGGAAUACAUCUGAUAAGGAUGUCCUCCCUGACUGAAUGAGAUGCACUGUGGUUAUGUGAAACCUGGGCUAAAAAGCACCUCUAGAUGAUGAAGGUAUAGAGUUGUAUUUCUCAGUGAAUGGUACAUAGUUCUGAACUUAGGGAAUCAGUAUAGAUUUCCAAACAAUACUUAAGGGAAGAGAAUACAUAAGGGAAGCAUCUUUGCUCUGUUAGGACUAGUAAAUUGUUCUGUAAUAAACGCUCAAUUUGGUUAUUACAGACCUCUCUUACCUACUAACAUCAAUUAACUCUUUUGUUCCUGUAUGUUGUUAGGUCCCAGGAUAUCAUGUUUACCUCAGGAGGGCUUUUUCAUGUGUGUAUACAGUAGAUGUCUGUCCUGGAGCACUCCCUAAUCCAUUCUCUAAUCCACUGUCUGUCUAUCUUCAUCCCAGCUAAAACUCCACAUUAGAAGUAGAUCAGGAGGAAUAAAUAAUAAUAAUAGUAAAACAAGAACAAACAAAAAAAACCCCAAACAAAAUAAAAAACUGAUAAGUACUCUUUUUUUUUCUUUUGAGCAAUUUAAAAUCCCUCUGCAAGUCACACUCGCAGAACAGUAAAGUCUCUUACUUCUUAUUGCAGUGCCACAAAUCUCAGAGCCACUCCAAAGAUACCUAACAGGUAAGGGGUUAUAAUGGGCUAAUUAAAAGAUGGAGUCUGCUUCACCAUUGCCUCAAGCAUGGAGCUAAAAAGCUUGAUGUGCCAGCUGAGCUGCUUGCAAAACCACCUAGCAAGUGCCCAGGUAGCUGAGCCAUUCUUAGCAAAAAGGAAGGUCCUUGGAUAAGAAGCGUUACAAUCAAGAACACAGCAGGGACUUACUCUCCCAAAUAAGGCAUGCCAGGCAGAUCUUGCUUGGAUACUGGGGCACCAGCCAAUGGACACUCAGGCCCAUCUUGGUCCCAGGCAGACUUUGCUUGGAUACUGGUGAACUGGCCAGUGGGCACUCAGGGUCUGCCACGGGGAGGGUAUUUAAGUUGGCAUGCCAGUGGCCUUUGUGGUGAUUGUAAACUCCUGUCCUGUGCUUUUAACAGUCACCCUCAGCUUUUCCUGCUUUUCUGUCUCCCUUCUUUCUCUCUUCUCUUUUGUGUAACAAAAUAAAGUUGAGUUAUCCUUUUUGGAAUCAA